AUGGCGCAUCGGUUCGUCGACGCCGACCCUACUGGCGAUUGGAGUGCGGAGGCGUGCCGGACGGUGGCGACCGAUCUUACGUCGUCGAUUGAUCUGGGCGACUAUCGCGAUGCCAUCAUCGAGAUAAUCGUAUGGAUGCACUUUGGCGUCACAGAGUUGGGGGAGCGUGUGCAUACAUUGACGGGCCGUGAAUACCAUGCGUCACCCCAACAGUUACUGUCCAUGCUGUAUACGUUCCGUGAUAUUGUACAAGAACAACGUGAGCAGAUUGAGGACCAGCAGCGUUUCCGUCUCGUGGGCUUGGACAAAUUACAGGCGACUGUCGAGCAAGUGGAAGAGUUGCGUGCAUCAUUGGCAAGCAAGCAAGCACGCUUAGAGGCAGCUAAUCAGGAAGCUAAUGAUCGCCUGCAGCGUAUGGUGGAACAGCAACAGGCUGCAGAAAUGGAGCGAGAGGCGUCUCUGGCACUCCAAGAGGCUCUGCAUAAGCAAGAAGCCAUGCUGGAAGAACAGCGUGCGUCUGUGCUGGACGAGCUGGCUGAGGCGGAGCCCGCCGUGUUGCAUGCUCAAGCAGCCGUAAGCAAUAUUAAAAAGCAGCACCUGAGCGAAGUGCGCUCCAUGGCCAACCCGCCAGCGCCUGUCAAGUUGGCCAUGGAGUCUGUGUGUAUUUUGUUGGGUCACUACAUUGAUGGAUGGAAGAGUGUCCAAAGUAUUCUUCGUCGCGAUGAUUUCAUUUCCACGGUGGUACACCUGGAUACAGCACAUGCGCUACCUCGUGCGAUCCGUGAGCGUGUGCGACACGAGUACUUGGAUCGUCGUGAGUACAACUAUGAAGCCAUUCAUCGUGCCAGCACGGCUUGUGGCCCCCUAGCACAGUGGGUGAUGGCGCAAGUACGCUAUGCAGAUAUUUUGGAGCGGAUUGGACCGCUGCGGGAGCGUGUUGCGGCGUUGGAAGACGAGGCUGCCGCCACGCGAGCGGAGGCUGCACAAGCCCAGGAAACGCUGGCAGCCAUUGAGAAGAGUAUUGGUGCCUACAAACGCGAGUAUGCCGACUUAAUUCGCGAGACACAAGCCCUCACUCAUGAAAUGGAAGCUGUACAGAAGCGUGUGCAACGCAGUAUGCAGCUCCUCGAAGGACUUAGCGGAGAGCGAGAGCGUUGGGAGCAAGGGCGCGAAGCGUUUCAAGCACAGAUUCGAACUGUUCUUGGCGACUCGUUACUCUGUGCAGCGAUGAUUGCGUAUGCCGGCUUUUUUGAUCAGGCCUGUCGGACGAUGCUAUGGCACGCAUGGCAAUCGCGGUUGGAAACGCUAGCUAUUCCUGUGCGUACGUCGCUGUCGUUAGCGGAUACGCUAUCGACAGCCGAUGAGCGAGCCGCCUGGCAUGCAAGCGGUUUGCCCGUGGAUGCCCUAAGUAUUGAUAAUGCCGUCAUGUUACAGCGAUGUUCACGUGUGCCGCUUCUCAUCGAUCCAUCAGGGCGCAUCGUGCCCUUUUUGAUGUCGCUCUAUGGUACCGAUGCGGCCCCUGUGAACGUCACAUCGUUCCUUGAUGGUGGAUGUGUGCAAAUGAUCGAGCGGGCUUUGCGGUUUGGGACGACGUUGGUGAUCACGGAAGCCGAGCAUUUGGACUCGAUCUUGCUGCCUGUCCUCAAUCGUGAGAAGCGACAUACAGGGGGUCGUGUGUUGGUCCGUGUAGGGACUUUGGAUGUGGACUGGUCGCCGACGUUCCGACUGGUCCUUGUCACGCGACAUAGUGGUCUUUCCUUGUCGCCAGCGCUUUUUGCGCGUGUGCAGAUUGUCAACUUCACGCUAACGCGCCAGAGUAUGCAGGACCAAGCCCUUGCGCAGCUCUUGCAUGUUGAGCGACCCGACAUGGAAACGCAGCGCUCGUCUCUGUUGGCGACGCAAAAUGAAUUGCAACGUCGUUUGCAGCGGCUGGAGCAGGCGCUCUUGACAGCGCUCAACGAGACGCAGGGCCAUAUCCUGGAAGAUGAGCGUGUGAUCCAGACGCUAGAGACGUUAAAAGCCGAGGUCGACGAUGUCGCAGCGCAAGCAGCGUCGACGACGACGCUUAUGCAGCAGGUGGAGACAAGUACGCAGGCGUACAAACCUCUGGCAGACGCCUGCAGCCACUUGUACUUUACGUUGGAUCUUCUUACGUGUUUGCAUCCCUUUUACCGUUUUGAUCGGCCUUUCUUCCAGCGCAUUUUUGAACGUGUUUUGCGUCUUCCACGCGAAUCCGAGGGCAAUGAGGAAAAGCGCCGAGGGGCCUUGUACGAUGCCCUAUUUACGUACACCUACCUCUAUACGGCGCCGGCGCUCCUGCAAGCGGAUCGCUUGGUCCUUGCCCUUGUGCUAGCGCAACUGUACUGCCGUGCAGGGCCGAAAGCGGGGGCGUUGGAGGGCGAAGAUAUGCAGGCGUUGUUGGACGGGCGUGAGACGCCGACGUUGGCGUGGGCGGCGCAUGAAAAAGCGCGGCAUGCAGCGGAUUGGGACGCGUGGCUCUCGUGCCCCACACCAGAACAGCACCCUGCGCCGUUGCCGGCGAAAGAGGACGAGGUGGAUGCCUUGGUCCGUCAGGCCCUUUUGCUUCGCACAUACCGACCGGAUCGGCUGGAGCCGGCGCUGAUGCAGCUGCUGCGGGCCGUGGUCGGUGUUUCGUGGCUGGAGAUGCCCCUGCCGACGUUGGCCGAGAUCGCCGAGCAUGUCGAUGCUACGACGCCGAUCGCCGUGUGUGGUGUCAGUGGCUACGAUGCCUCGGCAGCGGUCGAAGCUUGUGCGGUAUCACAACAGCAAGCUUGCACAGCCAUCAUGCUGGGUACGCACGAUGCUCAUGCCCAGGCUGAUGCCGCGCUUUCCUCUGCAUCCAAGGCCGGCACGUGGGUCCUCCUUCAAAAUGCUCACUUGGCGCCUACAUGGAUCGCCGAUGUCCCUUCGCGCCUCGCAACGUGGCAGUCCGAUCCUCACAGCCGCAUAUGGAUGACAUGUGAACUGACGCCCUCGGUGCCAACCGCGUUGAUGGAUGCAGCGCAGGUGGUAAUGUACGAGCCGCCUGCUGGCCUCAAGGCGGGUCUGCUCACAGCCUGGCAUGCGCUGCAAGCGCGGCCUACCACGCCUGGGCCGAUGGAGAGAGAACGUGUAUACAUGUUGGUCAGUGUGGUGCAUACGAUCGCCUUGGAACGUACGCGCCACGCUCCCUUAGGCUGGUCACAAGCGUACGAGUUUUUCGACACAGAUUUAGAGGCGGCAUGGCAAGCGGUCGAUACGUGCCUGGCUGCGGCCAUGACGCAUGCGGCACAGUCGCAUCUAGCCCCGGACGACAUUCCAUGGGAUGCGCUGCAGACGUUGUUGGCGCAGGGAGUGUAUGGAGGACGAAUGGAAACCGAUGUGGACCGGCGUAUGCUGGAUGCGUUGCUGGGCCAUGUGCUAUGUGAGGAAGCGUUUGCCUCAGAGUUUGUCAUAGCACCGCAUGCGACGCAGCCAUGGAUCGCGCCGGACGGUGGGAAGCGCGCCACAUGGCACGCGUGGAUCCAAGCAUUGCCAGAGCCCCAGCCUGUGCACUGGCUCCUCCUCGCGCCCGCGGCCGAGCGGGCCGUGGCUGCCACGGCAGCGAUGCGUGCUUUGGAGCGUGUCGCGGAGGUCCAACGACGAGCUGCGCGAGCGUGGUCGUGGGAAAAAGACGUGGACCAACCUGUGGCCACCACGACCACGACUACAGCGCCUGCACCUGUCGUCGCUGCGAUUGAUGCGUGGCUGUCCCUUGUGCCAGCUUCGUUGCCCGCGUCACCCGCCACAGACAUGCAGGAUCCAUGGCACCGAUUCUGGGCGCAGGAGCAGGCGACUGCGAUGGCAUGGCUUGAUCGCGUCCGUCCUGUGCUGGCAGCGUGGCGGCAGGCGCAGCGCACGGAGCCGGCCGAUGUGGAUGCGUGGCUUUGUGAAGACCGCGUCCCUCCCACAUGGCAAUCAGGUACGGCGCCCACAUCGCUACGGGCCUGGCUCACGUACCGGCAAGCGCAGUACGCGUAUGCCAUCGCACCGCCAUCGGUCUCGGAGCCGGUGGCGUUAGCGCGCCUUGCGUCGCCGACGGCCUACCUCACAGCGACACGCCAAAUGGCGGCACGGGCGCUGUCGACAAGCUUGGAGCUGCUGCAUGCGCACUGGUGUUGGGACGAGCCAGAGAGGGCGGCGCCUUCGACGGCAUGGCCGCUCGGUGCGAUCCAGUUGGAUGGCGCUGCGUGGACGGACCAGGGCCUCGUUCUGAACGAAGGCACGACCAGCACCCUCGACCGGAGCUGGCUGGUGUGGACGCAAGCACCACUUACAGAAUCGGCUACCUCGCUACGUAUUCCGCUCUGCCUGGAUGCCAAGCGGCAAACGCCCAUACUUUCGGCCGUGGUACCCUUAGCGGAGGCCCAUGCGCCUAGCACGAAAGCGAUGGCCAUAUUGCAUGGCAUAGCAGCGUGGCCCCUCCCGCCCUAG